GGAAGUUGCAGUCACCUAUGAGCGUUAGCUGAGCUUGUGGAGGGGCGGGGCCCCGGGACAGGAAGGUUAGGUUGAGAAAGUGUGGGGAGUUUGAUGGGGAGAGUGCAGGAGAGGAGCGGCUGUCAGGUUUGUGUCGUGUGUCCCAUCCCUUCAUGUGAAAAAUGACUAGGUUAGGAUUCCUGCGUUUGUCCUAUGAGAAGCAGGACACUCUUCUCAAGCUCCUCAUCCUGUCGAUGGCAGCGAUUCUCUCCUUUUCCACCAGGUUGUUUUCUGUGUUGCGAUUUGAAAGUGUCAUCCAUGAAUUUGAUCCGUAUUUCAACUAUCGGACCACCAGGUUCCUGACAGAGGAGGGGUUUUAUAAAUUCCAUAACUGGUUUGAUGACAGGGCCUGGUACCCACUAGGCAGGAUCAUCGGUGGAACAAUCUACCCUGGUUUGAUGAUAACAUCUGCAGCGUUUUACCACGUUCUGCACUUUUUCCAUAUCACCAUCGACAUCCGAAAUGUUUGUGUGUUCCUGGCGCCGCUCUUUUCGUCCUUUACCACCAUAGUCACGUAUCACCUAACUAAAGAACUGAAAGAUGCAGGGGCCGGUCUUCUGGCUGCCGCCAUGAUUGCUGUUGUUCCGGGCUAUAUCUCACGUUCUGUGGCCGGCUCCUAUGAUAACGAAGGUAUUGCUAUUUUCUGUAUGCUUCUCACAUAUUACAUGUGGAUUAAAGCAGUGAAGACUGGCUCAAUCUACUGGUCAGCGAUGUGCGCCCUCGCAUACUUCUACAUGGUAUCGUCCUGGGGAGGUUACGUGUUUCUGAUCAAUCUGAUCCCUCUGCACGUCUUGGUUCUGAUGUUUACAGGCCGCUUCUCACACCGAAUCUAUGUGGCUUACUGCACUGUGUAUUGCCUGGGGACCAUCCUCUCUAUGCAGAUCUCUUUUGUUGGAUUCCAGCCUGUGCAGUCAUCAGAACAUAUGGCCGCGUUUGGUGUGUUUGGCCUGUGUCAGAUUCACGCCUUUGUGGAUUACCUGCGGAGCAAGCUGAAUCCUCAGCAAUUUGAGGUCUUGUUCAGGAGCAUCAUCUCACUGGUUGGCUUUGUCCUGCUGACCGUUGGCAUUGUCCUCAUGCUAACAGGUAAAAUCUCCCCCUGGACUGGCCGUUUCUAUUCCCUCCUGGACCCCUCCUACGCCAAGAACAAUAUUCCCAUCAUUGCCUCCGUGUCUGAGCAUCAGCCCACUACCUGGUCGUCCUAUUACUUUGAUUUGCAGCUUCUCGUCUUCAUGUUUCCAGUUGGUCUAUAUUAUUGCUUCAGUAACCUGUCUGAUGCCAGGAUUUUCAUCAUUAUGUACGGCGUUACCAGCAUGUACUUCUCUGCGGUUAUGGUGCGUCUGAUGUUAGUUCUGGCUCCUGUCAUGUGUAUUCUCUCCGGCAUUGGUGUAUCUCAGGUAUUGUCCACUUACAUGAAGAACCUUGACAUAAGCCGCCCUGAUAAGAAAUCCAAAAAGCAGCAGGAUUCCACGUAUCCCAUCAAAAAUGAGGUUGCCAGCGGCAUGAUACUGGUUAUGGCGUUUUUCCUGGUCACUUACACUUUCCAUUCCACGUGGGUUACAAGCGAAGCAUACUCCUCCCCCUCCAUAGUGCUCUCUGCACGUGGGGGUGAUGGGAGCAGAAUUAUCUUUGACGAUUUCAGGGAGGCUUAUUACUGGCUCCGGCACAACACCCCAGAGGAUGCAAAAGUUAUGUCUUGGUGGGAUUAUGGUUAUCAGAUAACUGCAAUGGCAAACCGGACAAUCCUAGUGGAUAACAAUACCUGGAACAAUACUCACAUCUCCCGAGUAGGCCAGGCUAUGGCAUCCACAGAAGAAAAAGCCUAUGAGAUUAUGAGGGAGCUGGAUGUGAGUUACGUUCUGGUUAUAUUCGGAGGCCUCACAGGGUAUUCAUCAGACGAUAUAAACAAAUUUCUGUGGAUGGUGAGGAUCGGUGGCAGCACAGACACUGGCAAACAUAUCAAAGAACACGAUUACUACACCCCCACUGGGGAGUUUCGUGUUGAUAGAGAGGGGUCCCCGGUUCUGCUGAACUGCCUUAUGUACAAGAUGUGCUAUUAUCGCUUUGGACAAGUCUACACAGAAGCCAAGCGUCCUCCAGGUUACGACAGAGUGAGAAAUGCAGAAAUCGGCAACAAGGACUUUGAACUAGAUGUUCUAGAGGAGGCAUAUACUACAGAGCACUGGCUGGUCCGAAUAUACAAAGUAAAAGAUCUGGAUAAUCGUGGAUUGUCAAGAACAUAAUUUUGCCUUCAGCUUUAAAAAAAAAACAAAAAGCACUGAGCGAGCCUUCACCUGUGAACCAGAUUUUUUUAUAUACCGUUUCUAUUGACAGGAAAACACAAACUUAAUUGGCUGUGAAGUCACGUUAUUUGCGUACUGGGUGGAUGCUUUUUAUGAACAUGGAUGUCUUUACCAAAUGAUUUUUGUUGUUUUUUGGCUUUACAGUGGUCAAUUAAAGAUGGGAAUACAAAACA